UACAAAUAAGCAAGGUUUUAUUCUUUAUAAAUCAUGCAAAUAUACGCUUGGUACCAUGCCCCAAAAUUAUACAUAUAUAUAUAUAUAUAUAUACUCUUCCCAAGAUAUUGCUUCCUCUGCGUGGCAGCUCAUUGCUUUCAAUCACAUACAAAUUAUUAACAUAACCCUCCUUACAAUCCUCAUCCCCCAUGAACACCAUCACCACCAUUUCGCCGCCAGCGCCACCGGACACGCACAUCGACGUAAAAUUCACCGGAAUUUCAUUUCCCGACAAUUCGGGUGAACCACACCAACCAAAAAACAUCCCUUUACUUCUUCAACCCUCCUAUGGCAGAUCGAAAUCAUCAAUGUUCGACGAACUUCGCAACUUCAGGAUAAGCCUGAAAUGGUGCGCUUUGGAUCACUCUUCCUUUUAUGGAAAAUCCAUAUCCUACACCACCUUCAUCCUCCUCACCAUCAUCGUCCCCAUCCUCACCACCUUCGCCGUCCACGUCCCGUCGACGUCGCCGGAGGACGAUCCUUUCUCGUUCAACAAGCUGGUUCAACUUCCGGAGUCCGGUUUGGCCGCCAUAGGCUUCUUCACUCUGUCCCAGUUCUUCAAGAAGUACGGCCUCCGGCAGCUCCUUUUCCUCGACGCUCUAGAAGACGAUUCUCUUUACGUCCGUCGUGGUUACACCCGCGAGCUCGACAAGGCUUUUCGAUACCUCGCUUGCAUACUGUUACCUUCCUUUUUCGUCGCACUGGCACACAAAAUCAUUUUCUUCUCCACUGUGAAAAUAUCGUUGCCUUAUAUAAGUCCCGGCGUUCCUCUCAACUCCAUUGUGUUUUUUUUGGUUUUGGCUUCGUGGGUUUAUCGAACCGGUGUGUUCUUGCUUGUGUGCGUCCUGUUCCGGCUGACUUGCGAGCUCCAAAUCCUACGUUUCGAAGGUUUGCAUAAGCUCUUCGAGGGGUGGGAUUCCGAUUCGUCGGUGAUAUUCGAAGAGCAUGUGAGGAUUAGGAAACAGCUGCUUGUUACCAGCCACAGGUACAGAGUCUUCAUCAUCGCGUGCUUGUUUACCAUCACCGUUAGCCAAUUCGUAGCCUUGUUGUUGGUUUUAGCUUCCAAAUCGGAGAAAACCUUCUUCAACUCCGGCGAUCUUUUGGUAUGCUCGGCGGUGCAGCUAUGCGGGUUUUGCUUGUGCCUAUUAGGGGCGGCGAGAAUAACACACAGAGCACAAGGAAUAGUGGGGAUUGCAACAAGAUGGAACAUGGUUGUGACCGGUACAUCUGCUGGAUUAGGCGGCCAAUGUAAAUCCCAAGCCCCUGCCGCUGCUGACCCAAACGACUCGUCUGAAUUUUCUGAUUCGUCGGACAAUUUCAUCUCAGUGUCCCCACAUGACCCGUCUUCCUUCCAGACCAGGCAGGCUCUAGUGGGAUAUUUGCAACAUAACAAUGGGGGGAUCACAGUUUUUGGAUUUGCGCUUGAUCGGGGACUGCUUCACACGCUAUUCGCGUUUGAGUUCUCUUUGGUUCUCUGGAUUCUCAGUAAAGUGGUGGUUUUGUAUUGAAUUUUUACUUACAUACAAUAAUAAAAUCACACACUUUUUUUUUUUUUAAUUGUACCCGAAAAAAAAAAAAAGAAGAGAAAUUACGAUCCUAAUGAUCGUAUUUGUAAUUAAAUAUUCAAAUGUUGCACAAUAAGAAAUUUGAUAUUAUGAAAUUUUUUU